AUGAAGCCCUUGCUAGUGCUAUCAGUGCUGCUGAUCGGUGGGCACCACGUCGACGCAGUGGGUGUGAGCCUAUGCGCCGACGCCACGUACGACUUGCCGUCGAGUCGCGGCGCGGUGUGUUCGGGAAGUGGCGACGCACCGGCGGGCACUGCCUGCCCGUUGAAAGGGGACGCGGCCGUCGCCGACUGUCGCGCGUAUCUACCGUCGUAUGUCGCGGGCGAGGGCUGCGUAGCACCCGAAGACGCCGAGUGCCGGAUCGUCAUCGGGUCGACGUGGGGCUGUGUGCUGCCGUCCAUCGGCUGCACUGAUCCGCCUACCGAGCCAGGGUGUCCGACGUGGAGCGUGACCGGGACGGACGAGGCCGUGGACAUUGACAAUAGCUACCUGUUUGACGGGAAUGAGGACUAUGACGCGAGCUGGUUCGUACAGACGUCGGCGGUGAGGGAGCUCUACGACUGCGGGGAGAGGCCCACGGCGGCACCGACGGAGGCGGCAACGGUUGCGCCGACUCCGGCACCCGAACCGUCUACGGCACCUCCUACGGCCGCUCCAACGACGCAGGCUCCUGUACCGGAGACCACGGCUCCGAUCACUCCAGAGCCAACGACAGAGGCUCCAGUGCCGGAGACUACUGCACCGCCGAUCCAACAGCCCACAACAGCCCACGACGCCGACAACGCCGGAGCCAACGACACCGGCACCCACAACACCGGGGCCAACGACUCCAUGCCCGACUACACCGGAACCAACGACACCAGAACCGACUACACCGUGCCCAACUACGACGGAACCGGAUACUCCAGAACCCACGCCGCCACUACCGACUACACCGUGUCCGAGCACGACCGAGCCAGCAACGCCGUGUCCUAG